GCGCGAUCGCUGCCUUCCGGCGGGGCCGUUGUCCGGGUGGCGCGGGCGAGUCAUCGCGGGGCCUCGCCGCCCGGGCCUUUCUUCCCUCCCCCUCCCCCCCGCCUGGGCGUGGGGGCUCGGCCGGCCAAGUGGGGCGGGAGGCGCCUCGGACCUUCCCCUGCAUUUCGUCGUGGUCUGCUCGCCGCUUCCCCGCGCUGGGGCCGGGGGUCCUGGGGGCCCGCGAGGCCCGGUCUGAGCGGCCGGGGCCUGCGUGGGCCGGCCGCCGGGCCCCAUGAGGCACAGCCUGACCCAACUGCUGGCCGCCUCGGGCACCGACUCCCCGGCCCGCAGCGACAGCCCGACGCCGGCCGCCGCCCGCCCGCUGCCCCCGGCCCGGACCCAGGCGGCGGCGGCGGAGGAAAAAGAGCCGGCGGUCUCCAGGUCUCCACGCCGCGAGCAGCCGCGCGGCGGCCUAGAGGCCGAGCUGGCGGACGGCAGGGGGGGCCGCGGCGGCGGCAGCGGCGGCCGCGGGGCGGGGCGCGCGCCCUCGCCGGAGGAGAUGGAGGAGGAGGCGGCGGCGAUGGCCGGCGUCCCCGGGGAGGAGACGGAGGACAUGGACUUCCUGUCCGGGCUGGAACUGGCCGAUCUGCUGGACCCCCGGCAAGCGGACUGGCACCUGGAGCCGGGGCUCAGCUCGCCGGGGCCCCUGUCGUCCGGCGGAGGCUCGGAGAGCGGCGGCCUGUGGCGAGGGGACGACGACGACGAGUCCGCGGCCGCCGAGAUGCAGCGCUUCUCCGACCUGCUGCAGAGGCUGCUGAACGGCAUCGGCGGCGGCGGCGGCGGCGGCAGUGACAGUGGCGGCGGCGAAAAGAGGCGGAGAAAGGCCCCCGGAGGCGGCGGCGGCGGCAGCGGCGGUAGCAGCGGUAGUAGCGGCAGCGACAGCAACCCGGCGGCGGCGGCGGCGUCCAAGAGCCCCCGGAAGGCGGCGGCGGCCGCCGCGCGGCUGAACCGGCUCAAGAAGAAGGAGUACGUGAUGGGGCUGGAGAGCCGGGUGCGGGGCCUGGCCGCCGAGAACCAGGAGCUGCGGGCCGAGAACCGGGAGCUGGGCCAGCGCGUGCAGGCGCUGCAGGAGGAGAGUCGCUACCUGCGGGCCGUGCUGGCCAACGAGACGGGCCUGGCUCGCCUGCUGAGCCGGCUGAGCGGCGUGGGACUGCGGCUGACCACCUCGCUCUUCAGGGACUCGCCCGCCGGGGACCACGACUACGCGCUGCCGGUGGGGAAGCAGCAGCAGCAGCAGCAGCAGCAGCAGGACCCGCUGGAGGAGGACGACGCGGCGGGAGGAGUGUGUCUCCAUGUGGACAAGGAUAAGGUGUCGGUGGAGUUCUGCUCGGCGUGCGCCCGGAAGGCGUCGUCUUCUCUGAAAAUGUAGGGUCAAGUAAUCUGCCCUUUAUCCGCGUUUUCCCCUUUCAACUCCCUUACACCAUGUAAAAAAAAAAAAAAAAAAAAACCUUAGUGUGGGACAUCGUCACUGGACACAUGUCAGUUUCUUUUUUAGGUGAUUUACUUCCUGCCAGGCUCCGUUGUAGGGGUUUCAGGACAGUGGUUCCCGCCUCACCACCUGGUAAGGUUCCAUCUCUUCACGUAACGCUCAUGCUCUGCUGCUUAGUCUACUUUAAUGGGCAACAUCUCAAUUUUGUGUGUGUGUGUUUGAUUUUUUUUUUUCCUGAUUUUUUUUUUUUAUUUUUUUUUAUUUUUUUUUAUUUUUUUUUUUAAGAAGGCGGGAGGGGAAUUGAAUUUGGGCCCUGUCCACCCUGGAAACAGACUUGUGCUGGUCAAUAAUGUAUUUAAGAUGCUUCUUAUGGUUGAAAUAGCUGUUACUGUGUCCCCUUGUUCAGACUUGCGUGUACGUACCUAGCUCUUCUGUCCCCAGUGUGGACAAGGCCUUGGAUGACAUCGAUUCCAACUGUACACUGAAAGCUGCUAAUAGAGAUACAGUUUGGAGACAGUGAAACAGGUGAAGUUGGAUGGAAGUUCCGAGUUGUACAAGGUGCAAAUUGGAAUUCCAGAAUUAGAGCAACUUUUCAGAGGUUGACAAUUAAGUGUUCGGGGCAUGCACCAAGGUGAUAGUUAUUUUGCUGGAGGUGACAACAAAAUAACUCUUAAAUAUUCAGUAAUGCCUUUUAGUUUUAAGUAGAUCUAGAACUACAAUAUUCAGAUUAACAGAUUUUUAAUAUCUCACUAUUAGAGAAGUUGAAAAUUAACAUGCAUAUCAGACUCCUGUGUUAGUUAAUUGAAGGAGGACUAAGAAUGGUUAAAUCAAAUGCUUCUUUGAGGACCAGCACAGUGAUGACCCUAUCACUGAGUAUGAAUUAAUUGUUGGACACCUUUAUUUUUGUUGUAUUAAACUUUUAGGUUAAAUUUAUGUAUGAUUCGAUUUUGAAGGUUGUGAAAUGUGAAUGAAAACAUGUAAAGUGAGGCUUCACAAAGAAUCUUAUUUUCCAUAUUUCAAAGAUAUUUAUUUUUAAAAUUGAGUAGUGCUGACUACUUAAUGAAACGAUUGACACUUUCCAAAGAUGAAAUAGAUUCUUCCCUUGAAGUUCUCUAUUGUCCAAUUGUGUAAAUUGAGUUAUGGUGGCCGUCAGUGUAACAGGCAUUAAGAAAUUCUUUGUAAAAAAAAAAAAAAAAUUCUUUGUGAAACAUCACUGUUUGAUAAAGUAUAUACCUAUUUAGCAUCCUUGUUUUUCUUUGUGCUAAAGUGGAUACAGCUGUUGGGGCAGAAGAGACGGGACCAGCUGCUGGCCACAUUUCCUGCUUUAUUUUAAAAGGUAGUAUAAGAAAUGAGGAAAAAGAGGUAAUAUCAGGGCUUCUGCUGUCUUUUCUUUUAAAAUGUUCAUGAUUAAAAAGUUUUUCCAGCAGUCCAAAGAUGUAAGUUAUCUUACACACAAAAUGUUUUAUUUUGUUAUUUGGUUAUGAAAAUGGAAUCCUUGUUCUUGCACAACUGUAAAUGUUUUGUUUCUAGAUAAUAUUAGUUGAGACUUAACUCUGGUUUCCAGUGCAUCACAGCAAUUUUGUAAAACCAUCUACUGCACUUGAGCAUGAAUGGGUAGUAGCCAAACUCUCAGCCUGGAGUUAUGAAACUGCUUAUACCUAAGUGCAGAAGCAAGCCCCUCACGAUGCAGCUGCAUGGAUUUUUAGUGCCUACUGAAUUAUACAUAUACAUAUAUAUAUAUAUAUAUAAACCAAAAGUAAUUGAAAAAUUAUUUAAAAUGACUAAUUUGUGCUAUCAUUAUGAAAUAUGUUAAAUGUAGAUUUUUGAAACAAGUCUUGAAUUGAAAUUUAAUUAAUACUUGAACAUUUUGUAUAUAUUUCUUUGUAUAUAAUUUUGUGCAGUACUAACGACAAAAAUAUGGUGUCAUAAUAAAACCAGGUUUGUUGAUCUUUCAGUUAUGGGCUCAAAGAAUUUUUUCAUCUCUAAUAUGACAUUGAAAAAUAAUGGAUAAGAAUAGGAAAAAUGCUUGUUAAUGCUGAUUGUGGGUCUUAAAGGUUCUGGAAGCAGUAAGUGCGUUUUUCUAAAAAUUAUACCAUUCCUUAGGAUAUUUUCUUCCCAACAUCAGUGCUUUUCCUGGAUUAUUUGAAGUUGGGACGGGGAAAAUAGUAGUCAAAAGCUUUCUGAAUAGGGAUGUUUUGAAAUUCCAAGUGUAGAUUUUUAGAAUGUCAUUUUAUAAAUGGCAAUAUUUGAAAAUACUUGAUUAAGAACUUUUGAAAGUGGAGAUUAGUAUCACCUAAUUUUAAAGCUGCUUUGUUAGGUUUACUUAUGUUUUAACUGUCUUUUCUUAGUUUCCAUUUCAUUUUUUUUUUUCUCUAAUUUUGGUGACUCGGUGAUUUUUGUCAUUUUUUUACAUCAACUUCAUAGUCUUGUUUUACAUGGUAUUGCAUGUAUUUAAGACCUAUCUAACAGGGGCUUUAAAUAAAUUUGGUCAUAUUUAUGUAUAAACACAUUUUACUGUAAAUGCCUUGAGUUUCUGAAUUUACAAUAGAUCUGUUUAUUUCAGUAUGUAGUAAACAGUAUCUUAAAAGUGUCCUAUUCACUACUUGUUAAUUAAAAAAGUUAUGAUAAAUAUGAAA